CUUCUCUGACGCAAGAAGACCGAGAGGAACUUCCUGUCUCCCCUGUCUCUCCAAAAAUGGCGGACACGUGUGGCCAAGUAUUGCUGGGGUCAGGGCUCACCGUCCUCUCCCACCCUUUGAUGUACAUCAAAGUCCUGAUCCAGGUAGGACACGAGCCACUCCCUCCCACCCUGGGCAGGAACCUGUUUGGCAGACAGGUCUACCAGCUGCCUGGACUGUUUGCUUAUGCAAAACACAUCAUCAAGAUUGAUGGAAAAGCAGGUCUCUUCAAAGGACUUGGUCCAAGGCUCUGUGCUGGCACCAUCGGCACUGUCGUGCACAGCAAAGUUGUGCAGAGAUGUCAGGAACAAGGCACACCUCAGGUACUGGGCGGCCAGCAGAAGGCUGUGGAGGGCUCCCUACAGCAUGUUGUUAAUGAGACAACCAAAGAAAUGAUAGCUCGUUCCUGUGCCACGAUUGUCACACAUCCUUUUCAUGUGAUUACUUUGCGAUGUAUGGUCCAGUUUAUUGGGAGGGAAACAAAAUACAGUGGGGUGUUUGAUUCCAUCAUCACAGUCUACAGAGAAGAGGGCAUACUGGGCUUCUUUGCUGGUUUGAUUCCUCGUCUGCUUGGUGACGUGCUGUCCCUGUGGAUUUGUAACCUGCUGGCACACCUCAUCAAUACCUACGCCAUUGAUGACUCGAUGAGUCACACAGGAGAAAUCAAGAACUGCUCUCAGGCUGUGACAGGGUUCUUUGCCAGUAUGCUCACAUACCCUUUUGUUUUGGUGUCAAACCUCAUGGCUGUCAAUAAUUGUGGGCUUGCUGGGGGUUUGCCUCCCUAUGCAUCAGUAUAUCCCACCUGGGUGGACUGCUGGAGGCAUCUAAGCCGAGAGGGCAACAUGAGCAGAGGCAACAGUUUAUUUUUCCGGAAGCUUCCAGCAGGAAAGAUGUACGCAAUUGACCAGAAGAGAUUUUUUUAAAGCCUCAAGAGAACUGAGCUGAACAUAGUUGUGAUAAUAAAAAAAAAUCAACAUUGCCUGAUCUCGGGGUUGGACAGUCGGCACUUUUUUUUGUAUGCACUUGUUUACUCUGAGGUUUUUUUUUCCUUAACAAUCUGCCAUUGUGUAAAAAAACAUUAUUUUCCAGUUCAUUUCCAGCAGAUUUUGUUUUAUCAAUAUAAAUUUACAGAUUCAGACUGCAGGCUCAUAAUAUGAUGAGAUGGAACAUUAAAAUCUUUCUUUUUAAUACCAUGUGUACAAAAACUGAUGGGAGGACGGCUCAUGUUGUCUAACAACCUGUGUAAUGACAGACCAGUGUGUAAGUGCCCUCCUCCCCCAUGUUUUUUAUAUACAUUAUCCAUCAAUAAUGACCCCCCCCCCCUUAAUCCAGGUGAUAGGAUUUGUUUGCAGAAAACAGCACUUCAGUCUGCAUGUGGUAAUGUCUAAUAAUUCACAUGUUAAUGAUCAAGUGGGACCUCUUGUCAUGUGGUAUUGUUUUGAUGUGUUAAUUAUUGUAAAGCUCACUGCUGGGUGAGCUUGUAAUGCUAAUGAAAAGGAGGAGUCAGAGGUGGUGGAUGUUCAGUAGCAUGUGUGGUUGUACAGAGGCAUGGAGAAAAGCCUGAGCUGACCAAAAUCUCUGACACUCUUAACAGUCAAGUGCUUGUAUCAACUCAUUCUGACUGACCCAAAUAAAAAGACAUUUUUUGA